UAGGCGUUGAAAGUCUCCUUCCUUUCACCCACUCAGGAGGAAGCGGAAGUCCAGAAGGAUGUAUGGCCUGAGGGGAAUAGCCUGUGCUAACAAUGCAUCGGGAGAAGUAGUGUCGGCCUACUUUCUCCUUUUGCAGGUUGCGUGUUCGAUCCUCUGAUGUGAUUUUUUCGUUUAUUUUGCUUCGUUACACUUAGUUCGUGUCAUGGUCGGAGGGAGGUAAGUAAGCUAAGGGUAUCCAGUCUUGCAUGUUUGACCGGCAUUCAUCGAACAGCACUUUGGACUCCAUCUCUUUUAUACCGGAUCCACACACUGCAGACUGGCUCGUUGACGGGUACGACAUUUCAUUACUCAGAACACCGGCUAACGAACUCACAGAUCUCGACUCAGCACUUUGCAAGGGUGAGAAGACCUUGCGAGAGCCUGGUUGACAGUACGAUAUUAGAAUCGAUAACAGACAUGCGUCAGAAACGACCAG